AAUAUCUUAGGGUUUUUUUUUUCAACUUUAAAUAUAAUGGUUUCACACAAAGUAUAAACAAAUAACCGGCCGAGGUACAAGGAAAGGAAACAGAUGCUCAUACCUCUUAAGAGUGCCUAAGAUCAGAGUUUGACCUCUAUGAAUUUGCAUCAUUAACCAAAAAAAUGGAAGCGGGGGUGUUUGAUGACUCGAGCCUUAUAGAGGAACGCCCUUUGAAUCCUCUCCGAAGCGCCUACGCCAGAGAACCGGACCUCGUCUACGAGUUGGACAAUGACGGUUUUACCCCUCUUCACAAGGCUGCAUCGGCCGGCCAAGCGGAGAUCGUGAGGGGCAUUCUUGGAAUUGACGGGGGGCUGUGCCGGCUCAAGGGCGGUAGAGAGGGUGAGACUCCUCUUCAUGUGGCGGCCGUCAAGGGGAAGGUGGAUGCGAUCAGAGAGAUGGUGCGGAGCUGUGCGGAUUGCGUGGAGGACACGACAGUGCAGGGCCAGACCGCUCUCCACCUCGCGGUUCAGCACCACAGGUACGAAGCUGUGGAUGCAAUGGUGGAAAUGAUCAGAGAAUCGAAGAGAGGCAAUGUGUUGAACAUGAAAGACGAACAAGGUAACACGCCUCUUCAUCUCGCGACCUGGAGAAAACAACGACGAGUCAUUGAAACGCUGCUUCAAGCAAAACCAGAAGAAGAGACAUCAUACCGGAGUGAGGUGAACGCUGUGAACAAGAUGGGACUGGCAGCCUUGGAUUUGCUGUUGAUGUUUCCGAGCGAAGCUGGGGACAGAGAAAUCUAUGAAAUUCUCAUCAAAGCCGGGGCUCGGAGGGGAAAAGAACAUGCCAUUACCAUUUCCACGACCAAUCCGACAUGCCAAGAGCCAACACAUGAAGAUGAUGAUGAUGAUCUCGUCGAGUAUUUCUCCUUCAAAAGAUGCAGAGAUUCACCAUCAGAAGCACGCAGUGCCUUGCUGGUGGUAGCCUCGUUAGUGGCCACAGCCACGUUUCAGGCAAGUCUGAGCCCACCGGGCGGAACUUGGCAAGACAGCUACUUGGGUUCAGGCCUACAAAACAAAACCGCCAUAGAUGACAAACCUCAUAAAGCAGGAAAGUCUAUUAUGGGGACUUUUGAGGGAGUUUCAUUCACUUUGUUCGUCUUCUUCAACACUAUUGGAUUUUCUGUGUCUCUUGCAAUGAUCGAAAUCCUCACCCGUGGGUUCCCGUUGCAUUUCAACCUCCGGGUCUGUAUGGUGGCUAUGUUUUUCUCACAAAACGCAUCAAUGAACAGCAUUGCUCCUGAUCAUGUCAAGCUCUACUGCAUUAUCAUCACGUCUGUCAUCUCCGCUGCCUCACCAUUCCUUACUAAGCUACUUGAGCAACCUGUUCGUAAGCUCGUGAAACUGGUGUGUUUUAUAUUUCGCAAGAUGUUUUAAGUUUUCUUUAAAAAUUUCUAUUGAAGAUAGUUAGAGAAGAGGAGGAUUCCAUAUGUAACCCUUGUAAAAGUGAUAGAUUCACUCCUCAAUUGUUCACAAGGACCUCUUGUUGUAUUAUAACAAACCACCAGUGUUACGUUUGUAAAAAAGAA